AGAGAGAGAGAGAGAGCACAAAUUUACUGGCAAGCAGAAUGCAAACACGCCCUUGCCCACCUCUCAUCUAAAGCCAUAGAAGCCAUCAAUGGAGAAGACCUCGCCGGCGCCGCCGGUCCUGUGUUUCCUACUACUGCUACUCCUCCACGGUGGCGGCGCCAGUCCGAUCAACACGGUGGUGGUGGUGGUUAUGGAGAACCGCUCAUUCGACCACAUGCUGGGGUGGAUGAAGAAGCUCAACCCGGAGAUUAACGGCGUCGACGGCUCCGAAUCCAACUACAUCAACGCCGCCGACCCGGAAUCCACGCGGGUUUUCUUCGGCAACCACUCGCACUUCGUGGAUCCGGAUCCGGGUCACUCCUUCCAGGCCAUAAGAGAGCAGGUAUUCGGGUCGAAUCGGACCCCCGCCGCAGCGCCGGCGCCGAUGAACGGCUUCGCUCAACAGGCUUUCUCUAUGGACCCCAAAAUGCCCCAGAGCGUUAUGAAUGGAUUUUUACCCGACAAGGUAGCAGUUUACAAAUCCCUAGUAUCGGAAUUUGCAGUAUUCGACCGGUGGUUCGCCUCCGUGCCGGCGUCGACGCAGCCGAACCGUCUCUACGUCCACUCCGGAACGUCGCACGGCGCCACCUCCAACAUCGCGGCGGAGCUAGCGAAAGGCUAUCCGCAGCGCACGAUCUUCGAGGAUCUGGACGACGCCGGCAUCUCGUUCGGAAUAUACUACCAGAACAUUCCGGCAACUCUGUUCUACCGGAACCUGCGGAAGGUCAAGUACAUCGGAAAAUUCCAUCCGUACGGCGCGUCGUUCAAGAGCGACGCCGCCGCCGGGAAGCUGCCGCAGUACGUGGUGGUGGAGCAGCGGUACGUGGACUCGAAGAUCGAGCCGGCGAACGACGACCACCCCUCGCACGACGUCUACGAGGGGCAGAUGUUCGUGAAGGAGGUGUACGAGACGCUCCGGUCCAGCCCGGUCUGGAACCAGACCGCCAUGGUCAUCACCUACGACGAGCACGGCGGGUUCUUCGAUCACGUCCCCACGCCAAACACGGGCGUGCCCAGCCCCGAUUCGAUUGUCGGCCCCGAACCCUUCCUCUUCAACUUCGACAGAUUGGGGGUUAGGGUUCCCACCAUUGUUGUCUCUCCCUGGAUCAAAAAGGGCACUGUUGUUCAUGGCCCUAAUGGCAAACCAUUCCCAACAUCCGAGUACGAGCAUUCUUCGAUUCCAUCGACAGUGAGGAAGAUAUUCAACCUCAAAUCACCUCCUCUUACGAAGAGAGAGGCGUGGGCGGGGAGUUUCGAAGGCUUGUUCCAAGCGAUGAACCAGCCAAGAACCGAUUGCCCUGUGAAACUCCCAACACCGGUUAAAAUCAGGGAGGGGGAUGCAAACGAAGACUCUAAAUUGAGUGAGUUUCAGCAGGAGCUGAUACAGCUUGCUGCCGUCCUCAAAGGAGACGACGUAUUGACAAGCUAUCCGGGGUCGAUUGGUAAGGAUAUGACUGUGAGGGACGGGAAAGCGUACAUGGAGAAUGCUGUAAGAAGCUUCUUUGAAGCAGGCUUUGCUGCUAAAAAGAUGGGGGCUCAUCCCGAACAAAUCGUCAGAAUGAGAACAUCUCUAUCCACAAGAACAUAGAUCCAUCGAAACAACAUGUGUACUAAAAGAAACAUCAAAACAUGCAUUCAUUGUUAAAUGUGAUCCAUCUGUACUAAUAGAGUGGCUAUAGACCAACAAAUAUCGCCGACUAUAAUGCAGAAGAAGACAGUGUAUUAUUAUGUGUAUUGUAAAAGUUUUACCUUACAAGCUUUUAGAGAUAUAAAUCAAUACAGAAAACAUAUUUGCAGAGGA